UGGUCCCAGGCUGCACCCAUGACAGCAGGAGAGCAGAAACCUCAUGAAGUGGUGAAGUUCAUGGACGUCUACCAGCGCAGCUACUGCCGUCCAAUCGAGACCCUGGUAGACAUCUUCCAGGAGUACCCUGAUGAGAUCGAGUACAUCUUUAAGCCGUCCUGUGUGCCCCUGAUGAGGUGUGGGGGCUGCUGCAAUGAUGAAGGUCUGGAGUGUGUGCCCACCGAGGAGUUCAACAUCACCAUGCAGAUUAUGCGGAUUAAACCUCACCAAGGCCAACAUAUAGGAGAGAUGAGCUUCCUACAGCACAACAAAUGUGAAUGCAGACCAAAGAAAGACAGAGCAAGGCAAGAAAAAAAAUCAGUUCGAGGAAAGGGAAAGGGGCAAAAAAGAAAGCGCAAGAAAUCCCGGUAUAAAUCCUGGAGCGUUCCCUGUGGGCCUUGCUCAGAGCGGAGAAAGCAUUUGUUUGUACAAGAUCCGCAGACGUGUAAAUGUUCCUGCAAAAACACAGACUCGCGUUGCAAGGCGAGGCAGCUUGAGUUAAACGAACGUACUUGCAGAUGUGACAAGCCGAGGCGGUGAGCCGGGCUGGAGGAAGGAGCCUCCCUCAGGGUUUCGGGAACCAGAUGUCUCACCAGGAAAGACUGACACGACUGACAGCCGCUGCCACCACCACACCACCACCACCGUCAACAGAAUAAUCCUGAAUCCAGAAACCUGACAUGAAGGAAGAGGAGAUUCUGCGCAGAGCACUUUGGGUCCGGAGGAUGAGACUCCGGCAGAAGCAUUCCCGGGCGGGUGACCCAGCACGGUCCCUCUUGGAAUUGGAUUGCCAUUUUAUUUUCUUGCUGCUAAAUCACCAAGCCCGGAAGAUUAGAGAGUUUUAUUUCUGGGAUUCCUAUAGACACACCCACCCACAUACAUACGUGUUAUAUAUAUAUAUAUAUUAUAUAUAUAAAAAUAAAUAUAUAUAUUUUAUAUAUAUAUAAAAUAUAUAUAUUCUUUUUUUAAAUUAACAUUGCUAAUGUUAUUGGUGUCUUCACUGGAUGUAUUUGACUGCUGUGGACUUGAGUUGGGAGGAGAAUGUCCCCACCCAGAUCCUGACAGGGAAGAGGACAAGAGGGAAGACUCUGGCAUCGUCAUUUUGUCCCUCUUUGGGAAGCCAGGGUCCCCUCCCCUGCCUGGGAGAUGUGCAGGGCCAGGGCACGGGGGCAAAUUUGGCCUGCUUUUGGGAACACCGACAAACCCAGCCCUGGCCCCGAGCCUCUACCCCAAGUCAGAUGGACAGAAUGAUGGACGACAGGUACAGGGACAAGGACGCUGGCUCUGACCAGGAAUUUGGGGAGCCUCGGGACACUGCUGUGCUUUGGGGAUCCCCUUCAUGUGCUGCACGGGCAUCUUGCCCCCAAGGGCACUGCCUGGAAGAUUCAGGAGCCUGGGCAGCCCUCAUCUCCUCUCACCUGCUUCCGAGAUGCCCAGGAGUCCACUGACAUGUCUCGGCGAAGAGAAGAGCGACUUUGGUGGAGCUUGUCAUCUGAGGGAUGGCCCUCUGCCUUGGCCCUCUCCCAGCUUGGCCUCCUGGGUGCAGCCCAGGAGGGCCAGAUGUCCUCAGACCAUUGAAACCACUAGUUCUGUCCCCCCAGGAGACCUGGCUGUGUGUGUGUGAGUGGUUAACCCUCUUCUGUCCCCCAGCCCAACCCUUCCCGCGGCAUCAAGAGACAGGGCAGGAUCCCCGUGCCCACCCUGGAGGCAGAGAAAAGAGAAGUGUUUUAUAUACGGUACUUAUUUAAUAGCCCUUUUUAAUUAGAAAUUAAAACAGUUAAUUUAAUUAAAGAGUAGGGUUUUUUUCAGUAUUCUUGGUUAAUAUUUAAUUUCAACUAUUUAUGAGAUGUAUCUUUCUUGCUCUCUCGCUCUUAUUUGUACUGGUCUUUGUGUAUAAAAUUCAUGUUUCCAAUCUCUCUCUCCCUGAUGGUGACAGUCACUAGCUUGUCCUGAACAGAUAUUUAAUUUUGCUAACACUCAGCUCUGCCCUCCCCUUUCCCUUGGCUCCCCACCACACAUUCCUUUGAAAUAAGGUUUCAAUAUACAUCUACAUACUAUAUAUAUAUUUGGCAACUUGUGUUUGUAUAUAUAUAUAUAAAUAUAUAUAUAUGUUUAUGUAUAUAUGUGAUUCUGAUAAAAUAGACAUUGCUAUUCUGUUUUUUAUAUGUAAAAACAAAACGGAAAAAUAGAGAAUUCUACAUACUAAAUCUCUCUCCUUUUUUAAUUUUAAUAUUUGUUAUCAUUUAUUUAUUGGUGCUACUGUUUAUCCGUAAUAAUUGUGGGGGAAAAGAUAUUAACAUCACAUCUUUGUCUCUAGUGCAGUUUUUCGAGAUAUUCCGUAGUACAUAUUUAUUUUUAAACAACAACAAAGAAAUACAGAUAUAUCUUAAAAAAAAA